CUCGCCGCAAGACAUCACGAUGUGCUGACGGUAUACAAAAGUCAAGAGCAAUUAUCAGUUGACAAUAACUAAAAUAACUAAAAUUAAAAAAUAAAGGGUGUCGCUAACAAGAAGUUGCAUAAAUACAAUAGGAAUAAAGCAUAAACAAACAAUGUCCGACGAGUAUUCCCGCGCUAUAUCGUUCGCAAAUAGUUACUUUGCCUUGGUAGACGGAUUGGCUACUGGAUUGGAAGAUCAUUUGGCAGAUGAUGUGAUUCUGGACUGGUUUGGUGAAACCAUAAAGGGCAGAGCGAAUGUAACGGCUUUUAUGAAAGCUCAUAAAUUCGAUUCACGUCAUAUGUUUACUAAUAUAACGCCAACGGCUAGUAUAGGAUACAGAAAGAAAAGACAGUGCAACAGGGAUAGUACCGGAAGCUCUGACAAGAUUGGAUGUAUCACUGAAUGCGUCAUAAAGAACGAAUUGAAUUUUGAUAAGCUUCGAAUCAGUGACAAGGAUCGUGCGAUUAACGUUAAUGAAGAAUCUACCUAUGACCUCGACGAGAACGACCUCAGCGCUCUCUUUAAAUUGGAAAUCACUUCCACGAAUAUUGACGAGAUUGAGGAUAAUAUCAGCAAGAUCAGACGCGAGGAAUGUGCUGGGACUCUUGUGAAGCAGGAAUGUGGCCAGGGUGAUGGUCCAGGUCUUGUCGAGCAGAGUUCAGUCAAGUACUUGGAAGCCAACGGGGAAAUAGAAUUUAGUAAGAAAUUUAUUAAGAAGAAUUCGUUUCACACCUGGGCAAGACCCUGCCGUUUGCAGAUCGCAUACUCAGUGAUGCCCGAGAAGAGUUCGGGAAAAUUUGUAGAAGCCGAACCGAAGGUGCACGAGGUGGAGUCUUACGACGAUAAAAAAUCAAGAUUACCCAGUCUUGAAGAGAUCAAUGAAAUUGGUAGCAGAUUGGUACCGAAUUUGAACAGUUUUGGUGGAUACUUGCGACACGUGGAUUUCACGGAGGAACGUCAACACUUUUUGAAAACGCUUGCGGAUGAGUUCAUUCGCCAGAGUUCUGGUGUCAAUCCCUUCACUCCUCAGUACGUGGGCAAUCGAUUGGUCUUUGAUAAGAUCGGAACCAGUGCGGACGGUCAGAAAAAUUUUGUAUUCAAUUACUUAAUUCAUUUGUUAAUCUACGAAGGUAGCAAUAGAUGCAGACUUAAUUUAAGCCACGAAUUCGAAAAACGCGUUUGACUCAUAUCUUGCGUGUCUGCUUUCACUCUAAAAAGAUACGCCCCCAAACUCCCUGGCGUGUCGUUUCAUUAUUUUUUUUAAGCGUUUUCUAUCACCUUUUUUUUCAGUUGGCGGACUGGUACCGUCAUGAGUUAUAUAAGAUACCGUUAAAUAUCAAAAAUCAAUUUUUGUUUAAUGUAUAUAUAUAUAUACUUUUUAAGUUUCGUUAUUACUCUUCGCAUCAACGUUACUUUUUGUUAUAUGAUCAUUUCUCAUAUACGAAAUACUAUAUCAGUAUCAUCCGAUACGAGAUUAGAUUAGGCACGAGGACGUCAUUUUUGUCCGAGGACCUGGCGUCCUAUAGAUACUUGAAGUCGUUGUGACAUUAAGUUUUCGGGCACAAUAACUUACACGUAGAAUAUCGUGAUGAACAAAGUAGAAGAAAACAGAAUAUUUUCGUUUUUUAUUGUCAGCUGGUAGAUUCGACACCAGUAUUCCUUCCGCAAAAGCAUGAUAACGAAAAAAUGAGAAUUACAUGGUGGAAAAUAAUGCGAAUAAAAUAUUAAUGGCGAACUAUUAUUAUUAUUAUUACUUACUGCUUAGACCAACUCCAGUAUUACCGGUUUCUACGACUCCUACCGCAGCAAGGAUAUCAUCGACAGAAUCCAUGGUACUCAAAUCCUUAGCAAUUUGAAUGCUUCUCUGUAAAACAGGAGAGAAAUUAAUUUAUGUGAUAAAAUUUAUAUUUUCUUAGUUUAAAAAGAUUUGGUAUUCUUUCAGAACGGGUAAUCACCUGAGAAUUUAAUGUUAUGUUUUAAG